CGGACCCAGCAGAUCAUGACGCUCGCUCGGUUUCCCCUUCAUUCGAUUCGUUUGAACGCUCGACGGCCCGUUUGAUCCGGAUCCGAUGGAGGGAGCCGCGGCCGGAGGAUGUUCCGCGCUGCCGGAGGACGCGGACGCGGUGCUCGGCGAGGGAUGCGGGAUGGAUGCUGCAGAGCUCGACGCUGCUCUUAAGAAGACCUACAUAACCGAGAUGCCAUCUUCCUCGUGUCACUCCAGCUCUGGCCCUGAGAAGAAGAUCGGUCACAGGCGGGUCGAUGCAUCCGGCGAAACCACCUACAAGAAGACGACCUCGUCUGCCCUGAAAGGAGCCAUUCAGCUGGGGAUCGGCUACACCGUGGGUAACCUGAGCUCCAAACCCGAGCGGGACGUCCUCAUGCAAGACUUCUACGUGGUGGAGAGCAUCUUCUUCCCCAGUGAAGGCAGUAAUCUGACGCCGGCGCAUCACUAUCCAGACUUCAGGUUUAAAACGUACGCUCCGGUGGCGUUCCGCUACUUCAGAGAGCUCUUCGGGAUUCGACCGGACGACUAUCUGUAUUCUCUCUGUAAUGAGCCCUUGAUCGAGCUCUCAAACCCCGGUGCCAGCGGCUCCAUUUUCUACCUCACUCGAGACGAUGAAUUCAUCCUGAAGACCGUCAUGCACAAAGAGGCUGAGUUCCUGCAGAAGCUGCUUCCAGGAUACUACAUGGUGAGCCAGCAGCUCGUCCUCAGUCCAGUGUUGGAGAGCUUUAAGAUCAUGGACUACAGUCUGCUGCUGGGGGUUCAUAAUCUGGAUCAGGCGGAGCGCGAGCAGCAGAUGGAGGGAUCUCAGAGCAGCAGCGAUGAGAAGAGACCGGCCGCGCAGCGAGCGCUUUACUCUACCGCCAUGGAGUCCAUUCAGGGAGGAGCUGCGUGCGGAGGCUCCAUAGACACCGAAGACACGAUGGGAGGCAUUCCUGCUGUCAACGGCAAAGGAGAGAGACUCCUGCUCUUCAUCGGCAUCAUAGACAUCCUGCAGUCCUACAGACUCAUAAAGAAGCUGGAACACACAUGGAAGGCUCUGGUGCAUGACGGGGACACUGUUUCCGUCCACCGGCCGAACUUCUACGCUGACCGCUUCUUCCGGUUCAUGAGCAGCACUGUGUUCAGGAAAAGCAGCUCGCUGAAGGCUUCUCCAGCUAAGAAGGGCCGUGUGGCGCUGACUGUGUCCAAAUUCAGCGGCCCCGGAGCGGCCUGCUCGGCCAGUCAGCUUACCUCAGAGAGAGACCAGAACAUCUAUGAUCUGAGAGGAGCGCGCAGCUUCCCCGUGCUGGAAAACCAUGGUCUGCAGUCUUGCACUCCUCCGUCGUUCGAGGAAGCGACCACGACGUCUGUGGCCACAACUCUGUCCUCAAACACCUCCAUAUCUAUCCCAGAGCGCUCUCCGUCAGACACCACAGAGCAGCCGCGCUACAGAAGACACACAUUGCCUCUGAAAGACGCUGAGGGAAGGACGCAUGAAGUGGUGCACGUGCAUGAGGAAGAGCAGCAGACCAUCACUGUGCAGGUGGAGGUGAAGAGAGAGAGAGAAGAGGAGGAGGAGGAGCCAGACGUCUCUCUGACGCACGCGGUGAUGGAUGUUCCUCCUCCAGACACUGAUGACCUUGUCCCAGAAACAGCCGCUUCAGCACCCGUUACCCAGGAAACCGUCUCCCAGGCAACACUUCCUGGUGACACCCAGACAACAGUUCCCGUGGAAACAGCUCCUCUGACAGAAACCGGGACCCUCGAAACAGCGCCGGCCCCUGAAGCAGCUGAGCCGUUCGGUUCUAGCCCGAAAAUGCAGCGUCCCGACGUGGACAGACUCUCAGAGUCCCAGAGCCGGGAGUCUCUGGAGGAAGAGGUCGCAUCAACCACUGACAUCUAUUUUUACGCUGAAGGCAGAUAUUGGGUUUACUCUCCGGUGCUCCAGCGGAGGAAGCUCAGCUCCUGCAGUGUCGUAAGUGAACGGAUCUGAACACCUGAGAGCAGGACGUCCCAACCUCCUCCUCCACAUCAAAUAUAGUCAUAAUAUCACAUUAUAAAGACUCUUUGAAUUUAACUUGACAUUGGCAUUUCUAUUACAAUCUCACAAACCCUCGGUUGGGAAAUCCUGCUGUAGACUGUAGUUUUUAGGGUUUUAUUAGAGUCAUGUUUCGUUGGUCUUAAAAUCCAGUAGCUCACCUUCAUGUGUAGUUUUUCACCCUGAUGGACAAAUUCAUGAUUCCUGGUAAUGCUUUCCACAUUGGGUUAGGAGUAUGGAAAACUAGCUUCUUCUUACUCAAAAUUACAUAUUAAAAGAGUACGUGCAACAGUGUGCAGUAUGCAGUACGUUUCAUAUAGUAUUAGGCUAUGCUUUGGUCACAUGACCAAAACACAUUACCAUGAAAGUGCUGCAUCUUUAAUCUUUUCAUUUUAAAUUUUGUGUAAAAUCAUCUUACAUUUUUUGCAGCCCAAUCAAUGAAUGAGUCAAAAAGGAGAUGAUAUUAAAUAUCAAAAUUAUUAUUACUUUAGGUUCAUCCAUCAAACUGGAAAAAGUAUAAUUGAGAUCAUG